AUGCAGCUGAUGAAUGAACGUUGUACUAUGGUCAUCAAUUGGGACUUCAUUGUUCCACCAACUUGUGUCAUAGUACGUAAAGUUAGAAGUCGCUGCAACAAACAGCAAAAUCUCAUGAUAUUUGGGACUAUACAAAAGUAG